AUGGAAGGGUCGCCGCGAAAGGUUGGGUAUACCAGUUCUGCUCGGUGGAAGCACGUGCAGGAGAUUAUUGAAGAGAUUGAAGGCCCGCUCCGGGAGCUGCCCAAAGCCCUCCUCACGCCUGACGCCGCUGAGCGGCUGCCGAGAAGGGUGACCGACGGAUUGUGGCGGCUGCGGCAUGCGGCGUUGUCAGGAGGCCUCACAACGUCGGCCAUCAGGCUCCGUGCUUGGCCUAUUCUUCUCUCAACGUAUGUCCACUCGAGCGAGGUGGCGGCGCAGACGGCGGCUGCUGCACGGAGAGGAGUCGGCGCGGGCAUCGGGAUCGGGGCAGAGCUCCGCGACGAGCAGCAGGUGGCCAAGGACGUGGCGCGGUGCUUGUGGGAGGCAAACGGGCGGGUGCUCGGAGAUCACGAGCGCGAGUCGAAGCGGGCGGCGUUGACGGACGUCCUGUUGACUGCCAUCGCUGCGCUUGGCGAGGACAAGGUGUACUACUACCAGGGCCUGCACGAUGUGGGCGCCGGGCUUGUUGUCGGCCUGCCAGAGACGCGCAAGAGUACCAUGACGGGCAUGACGCCGGCGUGCGCCGCCAUGGUCGCCCUGCUCUCGGCGCGGCUCGCGCCGUACUGCACACAGGGUCUCGAGGUUACGCUCGCCGCCAUGGACAAGGUGAUGGAGCUCGUGGGCGCUGCUGCUCCGGCCCUACACGCCUACCUCACCAACGCCGGUGUACCGGCAGUCUUCUGCAUGCCGUGGCUGCUCUCGCUCUUUGCACACAACAUCGACGACUCGGAGGUAGUCUUCCGCCUCUGGGACGCGUGCUUUGCCACUCACCCGGCGUUUGUCCUCUACCUGGCGGCCACGCUCGUCAUCGACGCUGAGGACGAGCUGAUGGCGCUCGGUGACGACAUGGCCUCGCUCCAUCACAGGCUCUCACACCUGCUCGCCGACGGCCGGCUGUCGCAGGCAAGCGUCGACGGCGUCAUCCUCCGUGCACUCCAGCUGGCCCACGCUUUCCCGCCGCGCGAGCUCCUCGCCGACACCGAUACCUUUCCGCAUGCUUUUACAGCGUGGCCCGAGCGUUGGGCCGGCUCGCCGCCAGCCCACCUCACCGAGCUCGGCGCGCUGCAGGCGGAAAUGCCGCCGCCGCUGCGAGCGAUGCGCCCGGCGAGUGGGACCCGUGCCGCCAUGGUCGUUGUCGGCCUCACCACGAUUGCUGCGAUCGUCGCUUCGUGGUUCCUGCAGUCAGAGUAG